AUGACCACGACUGUCGUUCCAGAGUUUUUUCCUUCCUUUCAUUUUCACAUUGCUCAGCCUGAACCCUCCAAAAGUUCUUCGUCUUUAUCCUCUCCACUUGUCACAAGCGAACAUUAUGGAAGUAUUUUACUCAUGAUGUUUCUGGAACAAGUCAAGCAACAAUCUUUUUCAUCCAUGCUUCGACAUGAUGACGAUUGGACAGAACAUGAAGAUGAUGAUUCCAAUGCAAGUUCAGAUAUAGUCAUGAAUUUGGACAUGUCUCGAACGGAACAAGAGUCAUCAUGCUCAUUGACAGCAACUGUGACGAAAAGAGCAGGAAGAAGGAAAAUCAAAACGUCCCGAUCCUGCAAGAAGACUCGAAUUUCAAACGAUAAGGAUGUUGAUGAGAAGAAUUCUUCCAAUGAAGAAGAGUCUUCAUCUGCAUCGGAGGCGGAAUGUCAGUCGUCAACAGCACGUGUGGCUAGGAAGAAACGAAACUCCUCGAAAAUUGUCAAGCAAAAAAAGACAAUGAAAAGAGGGAAUGAUAAAAAGCCACGCGUUGCAAAGAGAUAG